ACUUUUCGGAUUCUGCUUCAAAUCAAAUUUAUGAGAAUUUUCGGCUUUUCUGAAUAUAAGCUUUUCAGGAAAAUCGUGAUAAUUGUAUGGUAUUAACAGUGGCAGCUAGUAUUAGUAAGUGAUAAUGAGAAACAUAUUACAAAUGUAUUAAAAAGGAUUUGUUUUUGUCAAUUUGUAAAGUUUAUUGAUAACACAACAGGUACUGUUUUCAUGAAAUGGAUUGGAAAAACACUGAUUUUACACGAAACGAUAUAUUUGACAUAGAGGAUUCGAGCGAUGACAUCAGCUCGACGACAGACUUCGUGAUGCCUGGGGAGGUGGCCAUCGCCCAGAAGAGAACUAUAGAUGGAAAUACUCCUUAUGGGGAACCGCCGACGAAGAGAUCAGCUCCAACCAUACGGAUAGGCGCGGGGUUCAAAUGGAACUUACAGGCACUGGCGAACGCGGCUGACGCGGUCGAGUCUGGCGGGAAGUCUCCGGUGUCCGCCCUCAACGAGCUGGGUGUCAAGGUCACGUACACCGUCCUGCGGCAGGGCGGGCCGGCACACUGUCCCAGCUUCAAUGUCGCCGUCACUGUGGCCGACAUGACUUUCGAGGGUAUAGGUCACAGCAAGAGGGAGGCUCGGGCGUCUGCGGCCAGGGCGUGUCUCGCCGCUCUGCUCGCCCACGCCGGCCGCGUGCUCUCCAACGGGACCAGGCAGCAGGACUUCAGCAGUGAUGACCAGCCGUUCAAAGUUUCAGACUUCCAAUGCAUACAGCCGGCCGCCAAGGCGCAUGCGCCGGUACCGCCGACCACCGCCGCGACCAUCAAAAUGGAGAUUAGUCCGGUGUCAACCCCCCCUGCGUCGGGUUCCUCCCCCUCCACGGCGUUGUUCGGGUCGACGGUGGCGCCAUCUGUCAAUAAGAGCCCGAUAAAUCUGCUGUACGAGAACUAUCCGGGGCUCAGCUUCGUUUGCACAUUCGGGGAUGGCUCGUCGCUGGACACGGCCCAAGCACCCCUCCAGUUGAGUCACAGCAUGAGGUUCAAGGUUGUGUGCCAGGUCAAGGAUCAGAAGUUCGAGGGUUACGGGUCCAGUAAGAAACUGGCCAAAUUGGCCGCCGCACGGUCGGCGCUAGCUGUGUUGGAGGAAGGCCGCUCGGACUCCUCGCCUGACUCUGUCCCCACCGGCUUUCUGCCGCAGACGUUGGCCGACCACAUCGCAAAGUUGGUCAAUGAGAAAUUCAACGAAAUAAUGAAAGGGGACAUAGUGCAUUCGAAGAGGAAAGUCCUCGCCGGCAUCGUUAUGACAAUAAACAACAAGACAGAGGGCGCUAAGGUGAUAGCAGUAACGACUGGUACCAAAUGCGUGUCAGGGGAACACAUGUCCGUGCGGGGGAGAGCACUCAACGAUUGUCAUGCUGAGGUGGCGGCCAGGAGGUGUUUGCAACGUUAUUUGUACGCCCAGUUGUUGAUGUACGCCUCCGCUGCUGAUCCCCGCGCCCCGAUCCAGCAGUCGGACGUGGAGCCCCUAUCGGGCGGGGGCUUCCAGCUGAAGCCGGACCGGCAGCUGCACCUGUACGUGAGCACGGCGCCCUGCGGCGACGGCAGGAUCUUCAGCCCGCACGAGAAGCAGGAGCCGGAGCCCGAUAGGCACCCGAACAGACUGGCACGUGGUCAACUUCGCACAAAAAUCGAGUCAGGGGAGGGGACUAUUCCUGUGAAGAAUUGUAAUAAUGUUGUUCAGACUUGGGAUGGUGUUUUGCAGGGUGAACGUCUCCUGACCAUGUCGUGUUCGGACAAGGUGGCCCGCUGGAUGGUGUCGGGGGCCCAGGGCGCGCUGCUGUCCAGCGUGCUGAGGCCGGUGUACCUCACCUCGCUGGUGCUGGGGUCUCUCCUCCACCCUCAUCAUAUGUAUCGGUGA